AUGCUCGACAAGAGGAGCACUGACGGGACAACAUCCGUCCACUACACCAUGAAGACUCCCCAUUCCGCGAGCAGGCCGUCGCCUGGCCUACGCCAGACACAUAGCCACUCCCACUCACAAUCAAAGCUCUCCGUCUCAGCAGCCGCCAAGAGCCCAAAGCCAACGACACCAGCUGCUUCUCCUAGAAUGCCAUACUCCGUUGGCCAGUCUCUCCCGCCUCAAAAGCUGUCGCCAGCACGACCUGCCGAGCCCAGAGCUGCGAGUCCCAACUACUUCGGCCUCGUCGUCGACCAAUCUGCUGACCCCAGAGACUCCUCUGUGAUGCCGCGAGACAACUGGAGCUCCCCGACGUCAUCCGUCAAGUCUUUCGCCGCCGCCCUGCCCAAGCAGGUCCCUAUCGAUGCUAACCCCGACUAUGAGGCCUUCAAGCGCCAGGCCGACUUGAACCGCGGCAAGGGCUUCAGUCUGUCCUCCUCUCACUUUCCGCAAGCACCGCCGAACCCCACGACCCUUCGCCCUCGCCCGCCAAGAUGGAAUACCCACGCCAGCGACACGGCUUCCGAUUUUUCGAUCCCGCGGGCGAGCAAGGAGAGGCCGACUGGGCGGAUGGAUGUCGAGCAGGAGAACGGCCCUGAUUCGGCCUACGUCUCGGCGGACUCGAAGCGCAACUCUGAGGCGUCGAUAAACCCGCCUCCCAUGAUGCUGAACCUGAACUUGCCGAGAUUCGAGUCACCUAGGCCGACUGAUUCGCCCUCGCCUUUUGAGCGUAGAACGACGCUGUCAAAAGUUGAUGAUCGCCACCCGCGAAUGUCCAUCUCCGAGAACAAGGUUGAUCCGCCAUCACCACGUAGUACAGCGGCGAAGCAUCCAAGAGCCGAGACUCUACCGCCGACCAUGGAGUCCGGCCCGUCACUGAUCUCGCCUGCGCAACUGAAGGGCCUGAUCGAGGCCGGCGGUUCCGAUACGGAGCUCCUGCUUUUGGAUCUUAGAGUCUCUCAGCAAUACGCCAAUGCGCGUAUCGAGGGCGCUCUUAACCUCUGCAUCCCGACGACGCUUUUGAAGCGAGCCACCUUCAACCUGACCAAGUUGCAACAGACGUUCCAGAACUCCACCAAUGAAGAGCGGUUCUCAAAGUGGAAAGAAACUAAGAACCUGGUUGUGUAUGAUGCUCAUUCGGCGGAAAAGCGUGAUGCUGUGUCAUGCAUGAACAUGAUCAAGAAGUUCACCAACGAGGGGUACACGGGCGGCUCAUUUAUCCUGCGUGGUGGAUUUAAAGCAUUCGCAGAUGAGUAUCCCGAUCUCGUGGAUGAGGGGUUUGGACCCCAGGGCGACAGUACCUCCCCAUCAACGGCCAAUCAAGGGGGAAACCGGCCCGGCAUUGCACCCGUCAUUGGAGGCGUGAUGCUACCCAUGGCCAGCAACAACCCCAACCCUUUCUUCUCGAAUAUCCGCCAGAACAUGGAUCUCGCCGAUGGUGUGGGCCAAUUGGACAUCGCUCGGCCCAGUGGCCUGGAGUCACCUACUCUGCCUCGAUGGCUCCGAGAUGCCUCAAAGCCCAACGACCAUGGCAAGCAAGUUUCGAAUAAGUUCUUGAACAUCGAGAAAGAGGAGCAGUCUCGCAUGAAGGCAGCCUAUUCUAUGUUUGGCGGGGACCAGAAAGACAAGAAAGUACCUCAGCUGUGCGGUAUUGAGAAGGGCGGCAAGAACCGCUACAAGGACAUUCUGCCAUUCGAGCAUGCGCGGGUGAAACUCCAGGGCCGCCCCGAAGGAGCGUGCGACUAUGUCAACGCCAGCCACAUCAAAGCGUCGAGGAGUAACAAGAGGUACAUUGCGACCCAAGGCCCGCUGCCGGCAACAUUUGAUGACUUCUGGUCAGUCAUCUGGGAGCAGGAUGUGCGCGUUAUUGUCAUGUUGACCGCCGAAUCGGAAGGCGGUCAACUCAAGUGCCAUCCCUACUGGCAAGGCCGGGACUUCGGUCUGCUCAAGUUGAAGCUUCUUUCGGAAAAGAAGGUGUCCCUUGACAUUGACAAGCACCGCAACGAUCAAGGCUCGGCGGCGCCUUCAGCUGCGGCUGCCGCGGCGGCUGCGGAAGCUGGUCGUCGACGAGCUAACACCACGAUGACCGGUCUUGCCGCUGCUGCAUCACCCGCGCCGCCUCAAGGCGAGACUCCUCAUGUCAUUGUCCGCAAGUUUGUUCUGUCCCACGCAGCACACCCCUUCGCGCCGAUGCGUGAGAUCACCCACCUUCAUUAUCCAUCCUGGCCCGAUUUCGGCGCUCCGGCACAGCCCUCCCACCUCCUCGGUCUCGUCAGGCUGGCGAACUCCAUGCAGAGCUCUGCCAAGCCUGUCGACACUAUGGCUGCUGUCAGAGCUUCACCAGAGCCGGAGUCUGCGGACGAGCCAGAAAUGAACUCGAGGUCGAGGCCAAUGCUCGUUCAUUGCUCCGCGGGCUGCGGACGAACAGGAACUUUCUGUACUGUGGACAGUGUUAUCGACAUGCUGAAGCGACAGCGACACGCCAAAUCAAACUCGAGGCCGGUUAGGAAGAGAGACUCGGAUGGUGACAUCAAGAUGAGCGGGCAGUCUGAGGAGGUGUCUCCGCGCGAAAAGACGUUCGACUUCAACCCCAGCAGUCGCCGAUCCAGCGCUGAGGGGCGCCGUGGAUCCCCUGACAUCACCCCGUUGGACACCGCUUGGUUGAAUGAGGAUGGCGAUACGAUGGAUCUGAUCCAGAAGACCGUUGAGGAUUUCCGACAACAGCGACUCAGCAUGGUGCAAAGCUUGCGACAGUAUGUUCUUUGCUACGAAACAAUUGUUGACGACUCCUUCUUGCUCUUCGACGACCUCGACGUUACAUACCCCCUUAGACAUUGUUUAUCGUCUACCACCGCGACUGCGAUACAACAACCGCUCGAACCCCAUACCAUCGAAGCCAGGCACGCCGUCAGCAUGCGGCGCCCUUCGGCAGACCUCACCGACCCAUCGUACAAUCUGGAGGAAUCAGUCGGCUCUCCCUCGUCAGAUUUCGACGCCACAGAUGUCGACCUCUCUAUGCCACCAAACUCUGACGAGGAGGUAGAAGAUGGCGAUGGCCGCAUAUUCACCCCGCCUCCACACAUCGCCGCCCGCUUCUACCGACCGUCGCAGACUCGUCGCAAGGACUCAGCUGCCUCCUCCCGCCGCAACUCCAUCUCCUCUGCCCAUUCCCGCUGCUCCUCCACCCAGACCUUCACCCGUCUUGGGGCUCCACAGAGCAAGCAUGUCGCACAGCACCUCCGGCGCACGUCCUUCCUUGAAGACCGAAAAGCGCGCCUCGCCGACCGAGCUGCCCAUGCGGAGAAGGUUCGUCUGAGAGCCGCCAUGGCCAAGGCCACCCACCGCGAUACCUCGGUGUCUGAGGAGCGCGCCAUCGCUGCCCAGCAGGCGCGGGAGCGCAACCUGGCAGAGAUCGUGGCCUCUUGCGCUGAAGAGGUCAAGAGGGCCAAGGCUGUCGCCGAAACUAUGAAGGAGAAGAGGGAGCGCGAGCUGGUCAAGCUCCGCGUCCAGAUGGAGGAGCGCUUGGCCGAAGCGGAGCGGAGGAGGGAGGAGCUCAAAAACAGAACCGCCGCGACCAAGAGAGUUCGCGGUCAGAGCUUGGUAUCUCGAAAGCCGACCGAGACCCUCCCGCAAGUUGCCGAGAAGGAGACUCCGGUUUUGAGCGAGGCUGCUGCUGCUUCAAGGCUGCAGUGGUGGUAUAGGAGUCACAUCAGAAGGAAGGAUGUGGCCGCUUUCUCCGAGUUGGGCCUCACCAUCGACGGCGUGCGGGACACGUCCUUUGAUCAGGUCCUCGAGCUGCUGGCCCAGGAGAAAGUUGUUGUUGGAACUGCCCGCAUCCUUCGCAUCUGUGGUUUGCAAGAGGGUGACCCGGGAUCGGUCGACGAAAUGGCAGCCGUGAGGACCUUCCUCAGCGCCUUUCUCAUCCUGGGCCAUCCCACUCAGGUCCUGAGCAACAAGGACGGCACGGGGGAACCGGAACAGGUUGGAAUACUGCAGCCUCAACCGAUACCCCGUGAUGACCUGGCUAAUCCCCAGUUGCAGGACCUCGUGACCAAAGCCCGAGACCUCCUCAUUUCCUUCGAGAACAUCCUGUCACGCUUGACAGCUGCCAACAACUACACGCCUCCACCUAGCCUGCGGAGUGCCCUGCCCGAGAUCUACGCCACUUUUGCCAACGCGUUCCUAUCCUGGAAGUCGCGCGACUCGGAGUCGCUUGUGCAAGUCAUGCUGAUGCAGUUCGUGGAGCUGGACCAGAUUUUGCAGACAGUUCAGGAGAGCACGGAUGUUGCGGCUGCUGAUCAGUACCGGGAAAGCAUCAAGAGCAACCAGAUCCAGCUCAUUGUCAGAAUAAAGAAGCUGGCCGGUCAAGAGAAGGGCAAAAAGAUGAUUGCCGAUGCAGUCCGCAAAGCACGAAAGGCGCGAGCAGCCAAGAAGCCUACUGGCGACAUGAAGCCCCGCGUUGCCGAGAACGCGCCAGGAGAGGCAUCUGCUACAGCCGAAAGCCUUGUGUCCCCAGUGUCGCAGACGUUGACGCCGCCGCCAACUCCUGCUAAGGGCCAUGUCAAGCCACAGCCCAUUGAGAUGAAGCCUGGGCUGAGCGGCCUGCUUCCAGACAACCGAAUCGUGGUUCAUGAGCUUGCCAUUAACCGUGAAUAUCGCAUUCCUGCAACCGAGUUCCGGGAACACCGGACUUUACAGCAGAUUCCUCUGUUUGCUGGCAUGCGAUACAACAUGGAACAACACAAUUUGGAUGGCAGCUUCGAAAUCUUCAUCAUCAUGAUGAGGUACUUCAAGGACAACCUGCAGAGGCUUGUGAAGCCCGGCGCCUACAUGCAUAAUACGAUAGGCGAGAUACUCGAUGUUGAGGUCGCAGAGCGCCAGUUCCAGAUGGGCAGCUUUUCUUAUGAGAAGUUCUUUGCCUCCAUGGCAUCUCUCCUGCCGAAGCUGUGUGCUCCUUUCCGCGACGAGGAGGCAAAGGAUCUGGUCAAUAACAAACUUCAUCAAGGCACCUUGGUCGACCGCGUUGAAGCGUUGACGGAGUUUGUCGACUUGAUGCUUUGCGACUAUGUCAACUAUAUCUUCUCCACGGCAGCACCGCAACUCAUCGAGUCUGCCCCAGAGUAUGAGAAGAAGAGGUUCGGGUCUGCUUUAGAGAACGGCGAACACGGCUUGGAGGCAGCAGAGGCAGCGUGGCGUGCGGCUCGUUCAAAGGUAUCGGCUGAGCUUCGCAAGCGUGACCCUGAGGGCAUCAACCACCCGAAGUCUCGACCGACGGAUGACAAGUUCUACGCCCAGAUGCUCGUCGACGCAUUCACUCAGCCAGCGCCAAUUCCCAAGGACAAGGUCCCUGAGAUGCUGCUUCUAGACUACAAGCGGAUGACGCGGCUUUCGCUUGCCUCGCAGCGGAUCGUUACCACCGGCGCAAUCUUGCUGCAGUGCAAGAACCUUCUGAAGAGAGACGUGCGCGCGCCAUGGAAGACGGAGGCAACGCGUAUCAUGACAGUCCUAGAGUCAGACCAUGAAAAGAUUGACUCAACUGUGCAGGGCGUGAUGGCGGCUCUCGAGGGCGGCAGGUCCAUGCCAGCAGCAACCAAGACGCACCUCAAAGCGCUGGUCACUAAGGUGGUCAACGCCAGCCAGGACUCCAUUAGGAAGGGAAUUGAGCCCACAGAGCCAGUGCUACGUCUCCUGCUGGCUCGCCUCCGUGGCCACCUUAACACGAGAUUGGCAGCAGGGUCAGCCAAGGAGAAGGUGAAUGCGGCUACGACGGCGCAGGAGAAACUGGCCGGGCUGGGGUUGGCCGAAUUCGCAGUGCAAGUCCGAGAAAUGCUCGACGAGAUAUCCAAGGUCGGGGCCGUGGACAAGGCGGCUCAUGGAUCCUGGUGGAACGAAGUAGCAGCCAAGAUCGCCGCGGAAACUGAGACAGCCCUUGGAUCUACUUCCUAA